AAUAAUAUUUUUUUUUUCCUGCUUCUGUGUUAAACGAAGAAUCCAAUGGAAGAGAAGAAGAAGAAGAAGAACGAAUUCGAGUUCUGCAAAGUGUGCCGAUUCCAUCACGACCAUGGCCCGCGUCACAAGUACUUCCCCCGCCACAAAGAACUCCUCUCCGCUUUCCUCAAUCGAUUCCGGUCCAAAAUAGCCGACGUCAGAUUCUUCCUCAAAAACCCUAGCUUUCUACGGCCGCAAGAGGAGUCUCAGAACCGUGUUUGGUGUGUCUUCUGCGAUGAGGACAUCGUCGAGCUCGGCAGCUCCUUCGCAUGUUCUAAGGCAAUAAAUCACUUCGCAAGCUCCGAACAUCAUAAGAACGUCAAACAGUUUCUCUGGAAACAUGGCCCAUCGAUGGAUUGCGUUGACGAUUUCAAAAUUUCAGAUGCUGAUUUAGCUAAAUGGGUGAGAAAAUGCACGGCGUUGGGAAACAGAGACGCAUCUUCUUGUAAAGGACAGCUUUCAGGGACAUCUAGUGAUAUCCUCAAUAAUCUUGAGUUCGAAAGAACUGAACAAGUUCAAACAAACUAUAUUAAUCCAAAUGAUUUAAAUGAUGUUAAGCCUUUACUGUAUAAUAAUACGAAUGAGUAUCAGAUAUCACAUUCAGGAGUUACACAUUAUGGUUCACAUCUGAACGUGGAUGCUUCUCAUCUCCCUCCAGGUGUGAUUGGAAUGACUAGUAGUUCUUCCUCACAUUCCAGCGAUUCUAUCGGGAACGUUCACUCUGGAGCUCCUCCUCCGUGGCUUAAUCCAAAUGCUGGGAGUUCCUACAGUGGUCAACUAAACCAAACAGACAUGACCGGAGUUCAGGAAAAUAUGCCUGCAAAGACUAGCAAGCUGAACCCUCAUAGGGUUGGCGCUGCGUGGGCUGAAAGGAGAAAGAUUGAGAUGGAGAUGGAGAAGAGAGGACUAGCAUCGAGUAGCAGCAACACUGAUGCAGACUGGCUUCCCAACUUUGGUCGAGUCUGGCAAUCAGGCACUCGUAAAGAUUCCAGAAAAGAAUUUGAGAAGGAAAAACGCAAGUUAGUUGUCAAAACCGUUAGCAGGUCUACGGAAUCAGAAGAACGGAAGUUAGUCAAAACAGAAAGCGUCUCCAUGGAAUCAGAAGAACCAGUCCAAAUACAACCAUACGUUAGCAAACGGGCGCGAAGAGAGAAGAGUGGUGAGUGAUGGUUGCGGCUGACAUUCAAAAUGGAAACGAGUACGGAUCAUUCAUGUUGAAAUUUUAUAACCAUAUUUUCAUGUCGAGCUUUGAAAGAAUUCUAGAGGCAUGUGAUCCUGGAUACUCCUUUGAAUUAGUGUAAGAAAAUAGAUUCAGUUUUUGUUUUGUGUGCUGGAAUCUUAUGCAGUAAUAAUAAUAUUAUCAUAUAGAACGCCUU